AUGGCCGCUCUGCCUGUCAAUAACCCUCAGCCUCGCCUUCCGCCCGAGAUCUGCGAGCGCAUCAUCGACCAUGUCGAUCCUAGCCCUUGGCACGGAUCCAGAUCGACUCUGUUGAAAUGCGCCCUCGUUUGCCGAGGGUGGUACGCCAUGAGCCGCGCGGUGUUAUUCAAGGACCCCAUGCUCUUCACUCGGAAGGAGGCGAUGGCCUGUGCGAAGUCACUGACGAAGAUACCUCUCCUCGGUGCCCGUGUGCGAAGCUUACAGAUCGGAACUUUAAGGUCUACGCGUAUGACAAGUCCGGAGUUGGCAUCGAUUCUCGUAAUGCUGGCAGGGAAACCUCCAAACCUGGCCGAGCUCAGCUUAUUGCAAGUCAGCUUCGAGCAGUGCUCCAUGCGCAAUUUAGCGUUUUGGAGUCUGCACGAAUUCAGUCAUGUCACAUCGUUGGAGCUAUUUGGUGUAACGUUGCCAUCGGCGAGCCCCUUCUUUCAGGUCGUCUGUUCAUUUCCUCGUCUGCAGCUCCUUCGUUGCGAAGGCCUGCACUGGAGCGAACCGAGAUCCAUGGCUCCACUGCCUGAACGCCACCGCAUGCCUUUGACGACAGUGACUUCCCUUCAAUAUGAC